AUCACACGGCGCACACACACACACACACAAGCAGACGCACGCACUAACACCCAGGUGUGUUAGGCCGCUCCUGUAGGGUUGGUUGUAAAAUCAGACGUCACGGCGCGAGGGGAGACGCUCACAGGUAACGGCUGAGGUGAGGUUUGUAUACCUGGUCAAAGUUUAUCUCGCGAACACCACUGGUCUGGAUGUCUGAAAGUGGAGCGCGCGCUAUGCACUGGAGAGCUAUUUGGGGAAGAUGUACGUGAGUUAUCUGUUGGAGAAAGAUCCGGGCAUGAACGGCACGGCCGGCAGGCAUCACAACUUAAACUUCAACCAUCAAAACUUCCUCCCCGCGCCGCAGCAGUACACAGACUACAGCGCCUACCAUCACAUCCCCGCGUUCCACGGAGGAGACCCAAAUCACGGAAACCUCAGCGCGGGCGCAUGGAACGCUACAUACCCACCUCCGCGCGAGGACUGGUCCGCAUUCUGCCACGGGGCCGGUCCUCUCGGCUCUAACUUGGGCCCGGUCAGUUUAAACCUCAGAGACUUGAGUCCCAUCGUACCACCCGAGCAAAGUCUCGUGCAGUCAGUCGUCACGGCAUCAACAGCUGGACAACUGUCCCCCGACCCGCAGCGCACAGACCCCUAUCAGUGGAUGAGGAAGAACACGGCACCGGGAAACACAGGGAAGACGCGGACGAAGGAUAAGUACCGCGUGGUGUACAGUGAGCACCAGCGCGUGGAGUUGGAGAAGGAGUUCCACUACAGCCGCUACAUCACCAUCCGCCGCAAGGCCGAGCUCGCCCUGGGCCUCAGCCUAUCAGAGAGACAGGUGAAGAUUUGGUUCCAGAAUCGCCGGGCGAAGGAGAGGAAAAUGACGAAACGCACGAAGGUGCAGCAACCACAGCAGGCCUCCACCUCUACACCCCCAUCACCUGAGCUGCGUCACCACGGCAACAACAUCUCCACAGCAACCAGCAGCAGCAGUAGCACUGGCUUUCUGACAGACAGCAUCACCAUGAGCAUCAAAGAGGAGUUCUAACAGCUGCAGUGUGUGUGUGAGUGCAGGGAGGAGGUGUGUGUGUGUAUGUGUGUGACCAGGGCAGCUCUCACACCAGUCAGCUGCAGGGAGGAAGUGUGUGUGUGUUUGUGUGUGUGUGCAUGUGCGUCGGGUCUUCCUGCGGGGCCGUUACUGGUUGGGUUGUUGAGGUAUAAUGGAGACGUUCUAGCCUGACGAGCCAGACCCACAUUAAAAUGUAAGCUCACAAGCCAACGGAGAGUUGCUAGACUAGCCCUGGUAGGGGCGCGUCUAGAUUUCUAGGCUAGACACGUUCUGUUUCUGCUGGAAAGUCCAGUGGUGAGCUGGAGAAGAACUGAAACCAGUGGCAAGACAGUGAUGGAGAGAACUAACCACACACAGGGACUCUGUACACGCACACACACACACACACACACACACACGCACACACACACAGGAGAUCCAGACCUCAGGGUUCACUACACACCAGUGAGGCCUCAUCUGUGAGUCGCAUAGGAUAAAAGCAUCAGCUAAAUUAAUAAAUGUAAAUCCAAAUGUGCAAAACACACACACGCACGCACACACACACA